UCUCACAUGUCGAACCAACACUUUGCUUUUUCGCUCUUCACUAACAAGUAUCUACGUCAGCCAUUGAUGUUUCCACACUAACCACCAGGUAUUACCUUUCGGGUAUCGUACAAUACUAGUCAGAAGGCACAACAGAUACGCCAAUGCAUUUCAACGAGGAUACGUCCAUACAUAAGCGUUUCUUGGCUCUAUUUCAGGUGCCAAGCAGUCAGGCUUGCAUAACCCGAUACUAUAUUGGGACAGAGUUCAUAUGCCACUCAACACCGUGUCUAGCAUCAGCAAUCGAUACCAUGGCUUAUUGUUAAUACAGAUAUGCCCCAAGCAAGUCUAGUCAAAGAACAUUCAGACAACCAGCCAUGUCGACGGGAUGCCUUCUGGUACUUUUCUCAGGUCGAUAGAAUUCAGCAGCCUAUGGGCACCUGAAGUUCCAGGGUCUAUGCUAUUAUGGCUCUACAAGUCGUUAAAUUCGACCAUCGUUGAAUUUUAGAGCACGGCUUCUGGAAACGGCGCUAACAUUCAUCCCCAUCCCGGAAGGACUCUGGUAGGCUAUCAACUCCAAAUCCCCAGACUGUCACUGUGCUUGCUAGCCCGUAGGUACCUUAGUCAAUGGCUUGUCUCAAUUUGACUUGCAACGGUACCUAUUCAUACACAUCCAUGUGAUGGCAGAUUCAGGCUGUUGCGCUUGCCUCAGCCUCGAAGCUGGGGAUUGAUGCAUUGGCAAGACUAAAACCAUUCGGAAUUGUCACUCGGAAUGAUUAAUUGUUAGAGAUGUGUUUGGCCCACUGAAUAUUGCGCCCAAAUCUCAUGGUCGUCCCCUGAUGGUUUUUAUUAUGGAACCAAUCUCACCAUCCGUGGUAGCGCGUUCCAAACGUCCGUCGACCUUCCAGAAGUUUGAUGGCAGGGCGAAUCCAUGGAGCCGCACGGUUGUUGAACACGCUUAUCGGGAAGUUGUGUUAUGACUCGGCGCUUCUUGUACAACCCUCGUCCAAAGAUGCUGUACCUGGGUUGUCCCGGUCGCCAAAAUGGGCGCUGCGACAUCAAGAACAAUGCUGCGUGCGUGCUUUCUGGCUGAGACUGUUUCAUCCCUUGGGCAAUGCUGCUUUUCAAGUAGAGCGACGAGCUCGCCUUGAUCCUGCAACGAGUGAUUGGAAGCCAAGCCCUGCUCAGCAUUGCCUUUUGUUUGCCCGAGGCAUAUGACACCUCGGAACGCAUCGCGGCUCAUCUUGAGAACAUGAUAACGCCUCGCUAUGCUGUUUUUAGGUAUUGGAGACGUGUCUCAUUUGCGGGCCUGUAUGCCAACGUGUUUCACCUUCGCAAAUCAUGGCAGGGCCAUUUAAUGGUUCGGAGAGGCCGCAACGUCAAUGCUUCAUUAUCGCCAAUUCCCUAGCAAAGAUGGAAGCUCAUCUCGUGGUUGGAAACAUCUACUGGAUGGCCCCAUCAACUCAGGGUCUUGUACGGACUGCGCUCGAAGAGGAAAAGAGUAUUCUCGCCCCGGAUCUCCGACUCCAUUCGAAGCUGGGUUGCCAAGCCAAGCAUCAAUCACUGGGCGUCAUUUCAUGAGGCACAGAUUACACCUUCUUAACAAGGCCCGAAUUGGCGUGGUCAAAGCAUCGAAAAGUCGGGCUAACAACAAACGAGAGCAAUUUCACGGUCUCCCAAGAAGUCACAGCUUUCUCAGCUCUGACAACCAGCAACGCUCUUAUGUUUCUUCCAAUGCCUCCCCGCAAUUAUGUCAUGUAUCAUGGUUCUACCGAAUCCAGGACCCUCCGUAAUUUGGAUGCUAGUCCCUGCUCUCCGGGCAUCACCUAGAUGACCGACCCUCUAUUAGCUGGCUGCGACUGGUGUUGAGUAUUAUAUAGCCUUGAUCCUUCUCUGUCACAGUCAGUCAUGACUCUCAUCGGCAGUCUCUGGUGCCUAACGUUGUUGGCCGACACAUCAGCUCUUAUUUCCUUCAAGACUUUGACACCAGUUAGUUCAUCUAGGCUCUUGCAGGUCGGGUUAUUAAACAACACUCACGGUCAUAUUUAUUUUUCUCUCAUUUUUUGCACUUGCCUUGUCCCUUUUCUUUCGAAUUCGCCUGAUCUCUCAAAUCACUCAUCAUGAGCUCGUCGCGCAAGUCGCGGAUUGCUUCGAGCAUGUCCAAUGUCAUGUUCACAAAUGCGGUAUACUUUCCCAACUACCGGAUAUACCAGGGAGAUACACCAGGAAUGCUCAACUACAGUUGUAUCAACCACGUUUACUAUGCAUACGCCAGUGUUUCAGCCGACGGCGGUGUUUUCCUCAGUGAUGAGUGGGCGGAUGCUGGUGCACCUGUUGACGGUGUACAAGGAGGUUUAGGGUCUCUCAUGCACCUCAAGCAGAAGCAUCCCCAUCUUCGAGUUGUUCUGUCAAUCGGGGGCGGCAACUCCUCGGAGAUUUUCCCCCUGGUGGCAUCUAGCACUCUAUUGCGCGACAAUUUUGCUAGAUCUGCUAAGGGCCUUGUUGAAGCAUCGGGUCUGGAUGGAAUCGACAUUGCAUGGGAAUACCCUUGCGAUGUCCAACAAGGCUACGACUUUCUUGCACUUCUAGCAGCUGUCCGCAUUCAUCUACCAGAGGAGCAUUAUGUACUCACCGCUGCACUUCCUGCAGCCAAGUCUAUUUUGCAGUUCCUUGAUUUAAUGGAGAUCGCCGAAUACUUGGACUUUAUCAACUUGAUGGCCUACGAUUUCUUUGGUUCGUGGACUCCAAAGGCUGGGCAUCACGCUCAACUCUAUGCCAUGGACAAAGAAGAAACAUCAGCUUCCUCAGGGGUUUCUUAUCUCAUGUCCAAGGGAUUCCCCCCUAAGAAGAUUCUGCUUGGUAUUCCAACUUUUGGACGAAGCUUCCUUCACUGCACAGGAGCAGGACACAAAUACAAGGGCGUUGGUGGUGCGGAAGAUGGCACGUUUGAGUACAAUCAACUCCCACGCAAGGGGUGCAAAGAGGUUGUCGACAAACGCCAUGUUGCAGCACACUGCACGGGGGCAGAUGGUGGAUUUGUGACGUACGACAACCCGGAUACUGUUAAGAUCAAGGCUGGUUUCUGCAAGCAAAAGGGACUAGGGGGCCUCUUUUACUGGAACGGUCCUGCUGAUUCCAAGGACAAGUCUAGGAGCUUGGUUGCGGCUGGCUUCCGCGCUCUUCAUUCGUCCUGACAAAUCUUUACCGCUCCUUUGACCAUAUCCUGCAUUUUGCAUAGAUGGGAGUGAUACGGCGUUUUUUUUUUUUUUUUUUUUUUUUUUUUUUCAGUAGAUGGGCAUAUACCGGUGUUAUCUGAUCAUAUUCGAUUCAAUUUUCUCUAUUGGGUUCAUGGAAAAGCGUUUACAUUACGAAGGAAUGCUAGGAAAACGGGGAUUCUUCUGGAAAGAGUCAAAAAUAGAGGCAAGGAUAUGCAUCAUGAGAAUAUAUAGACAAUAGACGGGACCGGCGUUUUUUUUUGGGGCAGGGAACAAAGGCACUGGAUGCCUGACUCCCCUCAAACAUAAGCUAAUGACUCACUGCCUAGUUCAUUUGACCUCUUAUCACCUUACAUAGUGAUAUAAGAUGCACAGUGGCCCUCUUUUUCUAUCCAUAGUCGCCCAAGGGUCGAGCUGAUUCAAGGAAGCAAUGGAUAAAAGGCGGUAGGGCAUGUGCGUAUCACAUCAACGGUGAAGUCAGGCUCCAAAGAGACCGUUUUGGGCGACAACGAGGCACCAUGAGGCUAACAAUGUACGUCAGAGUGCAUUGACAUGCAUCCAUACAAUGUAACUCUUCAGUGAUCUGCAGGAAAGUCUUGAGUCAGAGGUCGUACAUUCGGUGACACUUCAAACUGAGGUGGUGUUUUGAGGUUGGAUUUGUCUCUUUGAA